GUGUCUUUGACGAAAUAAACUUUUUUAACGGGGGAAUUACGGACAAUAUUAUAUCAUAUCAUGUCGUGCAGUAAAUCUUUGAAGGCUACAGAUCUCCAUUCGUCCUGGAAAGUCGAGUUUGACUGGAAGGAUUUUCCGGAAGAACUUGUUCAGGGAUGUUGUGCUGUUGCAUCUGUUUUGUGCGUGCCAACGGUGGCUGUUUUAUAUAGCCUUAUCACGGCCGCGGCUUUUGUUGUAAGCCAUGCACAAGUCUCUCCACCUGACACCAAAUGGAGGGAAAAUGUUCUUCUGUGGACAGCCAUCUGUCUGCCAACAGGCGCUGGGAAAUCUACUAUCUGUAAAUGGAUUCAAGAACUUGUGACUGAUGUUUACACGAAGUUGCGGAAAGACCAUACGGACAGUGGUAGUCCGUCUGCUGGGUUUACGGAAAUGUGGAGUGCGGAAGAGUUCCCGAAGCUGGGGGAAGUCAUGUGUUUAAACGGGAAAAGAGACCUACAAAUCAGGGAUGAGCUCUCAUCUUUCCUUGCCCAGCUUGGGAUGUAUUCCAACAAGGCGGGCAUGCUGGACACGCCAGAAUCAUCAAUGAUGUUACAACUGCAUAACGGUACAAGCUGGACGCGGAAAACAGUGAUGGGGAACGCAGAUUUUGAGAUGGACAGGACUGCACUAAACCUGCUGGGUUUCUGUCAACCCGACGUGAUGUAUGGCGUGAUGAGCGAGGGCUGUCUUUGCGAUUCUUAUUGGCUAUACCUAAGCCAGUACUGGGAACGUACCAAUCUCUGAAGCUCAAUGCCGGUCAGGAUGGGCGGAAGGAAGUGUAUGAGGAGUUUAGGAUGCUCCUUGCUGAUGCAUUGUUCGUUGUCAUCGAGCACAAACGGGAUAAUGAGAAGACAGCGGAUAGCGCGGAGGGCGAUGUGACGAUGUUUGAGGUGGAAGAAGGCCCAGAGUCUGCCCUGGAGAGAACAUAUGACACCUUCCAAGAGAAUAUCAGGAAGAUGAUGCUCGAGGACAACUUGAUGUGUUCCCUAUUCAGUAAGGGGAAAGGACAGAUCCUGCGAGUCACCGCAGCGCUUUGGCUUUUGUUUCACGCCGUUGAGAAGCCGGACAAGGUUUCCAGCUCUUUAGAAACCGGGCUUAGUCUUCCUACGGUAAUCCCAGAACGAGUCGUCUCUGCUGCGGUGGCCGUUGUGACUUAUAGCAUACAUCAAACCGGCCUUCUGCACGGCCGAAGACAUAAUGAGGUGCCAAGCAAGCCCGCUUCUACAACUGACGUGCCACACCUUGGGUCGGCUUCAACGUCUCGGCGAACCACCAACUUCGGGGGUCAGACGCUAUCGGGGAGCAUCUUAUUGGUUCCGGGACGAGUCCUGUCAGUAAAAAAUCUUCUGACGAAACGCGUUUUCAAGACCAGAGGGAAGAAGGAAGUUGCUGACACCAUGCUUGCAAUGCAAGAUCAACAUCUUGGAGAGGUGAAGACCCUUUCGCACCGCGGAGGACAGAGAGUCUACUUCGUAAAAAAUAACAUUCUCGGAAUGCCCGACGCUGACAAAACUGCAGCAAUAGUGGCCUUGGCUCAUCAUGGGGUCAACAUCAAGGAGUUUGCUGACACUCUCGUCGAUAGCGAAGCAGAAGAAGACAUGAAUAAGUCCAUUGAGGCAAACGAUGUGAUCGGGGGAGAGAAAAGGAAGCUGUGCGCCGCUUCAACGCUGCUGUCUCCACUAUAUGAUGCCGAUGAUGACAACGACUUUGCUCUGACAACCAAUAAAAUGAGAUCAAUUUAAACAGUCUUUCUAUGUAAAAGGGGUGUGACAGUGCAGGCAGAAAAUGGCAUACUUAUGUACUAAAUGGUGGAAGUACUUAAAUUAAUUGUUAAAUGACAAGGAAUAAAAUAACAACUACUACUUCUUAUGAUACAAAGUAGUGCAAGAUGACUGCAAUACAUGUAGUUUAUAAAUAGAUAGGGGAGAUGUUUUCAGGUACUUGUAGUUAGCAGUGACGUAAAAAAAGGGAAAUAUAAUAUUAAGAGUGAACUUAGAUUAUUUUGUGUGUAUUGUUAAAACGAACGUUAAGAGGAGAAAUAAAAGACAAAAAGACUUGAAAUAAAUGAAUUUUUUUACAAUGCAUGAACAUUGAUUUUGUGCUGAUUAAUGUGCAUGUAUAUUUUAUUUGUU